GCACCACCGUAUGCAUCAAUUCUCCCAGACAACUAGAAUACACUAUCUAGGUUGCUAGAGACCUCUACCACUACUAGGACCUUAGAGCUGCCAUGGAGCCCAACGGCGGCGUUGGGGAAGGAGAGGGCGACAUCGACCUGAACCUGUCCCUGCAUCGUACAUCGUCGCCGGAGCCGGUGGGCUACUUCACCUGCACCUACUGCGACAAGAAGUUCUACUCGUCCCAGGCGCUGGGCGGCCACCAGAACGCUCACAAGUUCGAGCGCAGCGUCGCCAAGCGCACGAGGGAGCUCGCCGCCGCUCGUCGCCACGCCGGCGAGGCCGCCAAGGGAGGGAGCAAUGCUGCGGGGAGCUCCGUGCACUCUUACUGGAGGGCGGCGGAGCCGCCGGAGCCGGCUCGCGGCCGGGACCUCAUCGCCGAGGAAAUCGAUCUGUCCCUCAAGCUCUGAUGGUGCUGGAUUGAUCGAGGUUCUUUGUCACUGCAAACUUAUAGUCGAUUCGCCUUAUUAAUCCCUUUUUGAGUUCUUGUGAUGUUUGUUCUCGCUGAGAGCUCAUGUCUAGACUCAUUUGGACACUAAAACCAUGUUCCGCCCUCUGUGCUUCCUCUUCCUCUUCCCUUUGUUCUUCUCUUCUACUAACUUAUUUACUGGGACAUGAGUUAUUAAUCAUGUGUAAAGACUAGAAAUGGAACAAGUAGCAAGAUAAAUAUAUACAGUUUCCCAACAAGCAUGGCUGCAUACGAUAUGUGAAGAAGUUACUGCACAAGGUA